AAAAGGAAAGAAACCAGGGCUGGAGGCAUAGGUCCAUGGUGGAGUGCUUGCCUAGAUGUGUGAGGCUCUAAAUUCAGGAGAUUGAUCCUCAGCACUGCCAAAAGCACACGAUGACAGAACUGUGAAGUCAGCACGAGGCUUGUCCAAGGCGUGCUGGUGUGUCGGUCUCCCCACCUUUUGUGUAAGUGCAACUGUGGCAAUUGCUCCAUGGAAGCUUUGGAGCCCAUCCAUCAUCCGCUACACCAUUUUGUUCAGUUUGCUUAAGAUUUUUUACUCCUCACACCCUCGGCCCCUGGGACUGUCACAUGGUGAACCUUGUCUUCAAUCGUCACACCAGUACUUCCACACGAAUGACCUGAUUAGCCUCCCUGGAAAUCCGAUGCACUUUACACUGGUAGCCAGGAGAACUGGUUGAACUCUUUGUAACCCUGCGCUUGUGAGAGAUAUAAUCAUGGUACAUGGAAAUGUCACGAUACCAGAUCUGUAACCUUUAGGGCUUGGAGGACAGGAAACUGAGACUCAACAUCUAUGGAUUGCCCAUAUUAUGUCCGAUCCUUUAGGAGGGACUUUUUAAUACUUUAACCUGCUUGAUUUUCAUAAACCCUUGAGCUUUUCAUUACAUUUGUUGUUGUUGUUGUUUUGAGCCAGGGAUUGAACUUGGGACCUCAAGCUUGUGAGGCAGACGGUGGAACCACUGAGCUAAAUCCCCAGCUUCCUUGAGCUUUUCAUCAGAUCCACUUUCUGGAUUAAGAAAUGGGCACAGAGUGAUUUACUAAUCCAGCCUUAUACCACUGGGAAAUAAAGCCUGGAGUCCAUUCGAUUUCCUCAUUCAAAGUCUAUGUUUUGAGGCUUAAGAGUGUGGACUGCUGGGCCAGCCUGCCAUUUGGUGUGACUUCGGGAAAGCUGGGGGAAGUUAUUUACUCUCCCUGUGCUGUAUUUUCCUCAGCCAAAAGGUCUAGUUACCUUCUGACUGCCACAUAUGGACUCCCAAAGAUCUCCAAAGGAAACUGUCCUUAUUACAGGAGGAGUUGGCUACUUUGGUUCCCGCCUCGGCUGUGCUCUGAGCCAGAAGGGAGUCCGUGUGAUUCUGUUUGAUAUCAGCAGCCCUGCUCAGACCAUCCCACAAGGAGUCAAGUUUGUGCGUGGAGACAUCCGCCACCUUUCUGAGGUAGAGAGAGCCUUCCAGGACUCAGACGUCUCGUGUGUGUUCCACGUUGCCUCCUACGGCAUGUCGGGGCGGGAGCAACUGAACCAAGACCUGAUCGAGGAAGUCAACGUGGGUGGCACCGACAACGUCCUACAGGCCUGCUUCAGGAGAGGGGUUCCCAGACUGGUGUACACGAGCACAUUCAAUGUCAUCUUUGGAGGCCAAGUCAUCAGGAAUGGAGAUGAGUCCCUGCCUUACCUGCCGCUUCACCUGCACCCCGAUCACUACUCUAGGACCAAAUCUAUUGCAGAGAAGAAGGUGUUGGAAGCAAAUGGUUCCACCUUGGAAACGGGGGAUGGUGUCUUAAGAACCUGCGCUCUGAGGCCUGCUGGCAUCUAUGGGCCUGGAGAACAAAGGCACCUUCCCAGGAUAGUGAGCUACAUCGAAAGGGGCCUGUUCAGAUUUGUGUACGGUGACCCCAGCAGCCUGGUCGAGUUUGUCCAUGUGGAUAACUUGGUGCAGGCGCACAUUCUAGCCUCAGAGGCCCUGAAGGCUGACAAGGGCCACAUUGCCUCAGGGCAGCCCUACUUCAUCUCAGAUGGCAGACCAGUGAACAAUUUCGAGUUCUUCCGACCUUUGGUUGAGGGCCUGGGCUACAAGUUCCCAUCCACCCGCCUGCCGCUCACCCUGAUCUACUACUUUGCUUUCCUGACAGAGAUGUCCCACUUCAUCCUGGGCCGGCUCUACAACUUCCAGCCCUUCCUCACCCGCACUGAAGUUUAUAAAACUGGUGUCACACAUUACUUCAGCCUAGAGAAAGCCAAGAAAGAGCUUGGUUAUGAGCCUCAGCCAUUUGACCUGCAGGAAGUAGUAGACUGGUUUAGAGCCCACGGUCAUGGCCAAAGUCCUGGAAAUGGAGACUCAGUGUUUCUUCUUUGGAAUGGGCUGUUGAUCUUACUCUUGGUGCUAUCAAUUUUCACCUGGCUACCAACUACUGUGCUUCUGUCAGUGUGAACAGUAGAUGUAAGUUUCUGAUCAUACUUGCUGGAAUGAUUCUCAGGAACACAGAUUUGUUUUGUUUUGGCUUGGUUUGGUUUUGGUAUUUUGAGACAGGGUCUCAACUAUGUA